AUGUAUCUACCUACCUUUUGGAAGCUAACUGCUGAGGCCACUGCAUUCAGAUUGAGACACGUUGCUGGCUAUGGAGUUCCAAUUACAUUCAUGACUGUUUGGAUUAUGUACCCAUCUCUCUACAACUGGACUUUCUCCUGCCUCAUCCCACCCCCAAGAGGUGUACCCAAGAGAAAUAUGGCAGCUAUGUUAUGA